GCCAAGAAGAUCAAAGACAACCCUUCUAUGCAGGACAAGUCUGCUCCUCUGAAGGAAGAGGUUGUCAGGAAGAAUGCCAUCAGCGUUGUCUUACAAAGAGGGGGGAUGUGUCAGAUAAAGCUGAGGUGUUGGGGGAGUACAUACUACAGUUUGGGAAGUACAGAGGCAAGUCCUUCAGGUGGCUGCUGGAAAAUGAUGUUGGAUACACUAUGUACCUCAUCAAAAAUUUGGAAAAAGAAAAAGAGGCAGGCCAUUUCAGUACAGAGGGGAGCAGCAAAAUCAGUUUGCAGUCCUUUUUGGAAUAUGCCAUGAGCUUCAAAGAUAUUGAGGAGCUUUCAAAGUUUGAGUCUCACAAAACGAAUUCUCCUGCUGUGACCUCAGAUUGUGACACUCUGGUUGGCUUUGGUAAUCGGGCCAAAAGUACAUGGGGAGAAAUAUGGGAGAGCAGAGCUGCUGGGUACGCUUUCUUCAUUAUGUCAAGGAAAUGUGGUACAGGUUCAAAAAUGCACAAACUGCAGCAGUACCUGCUAAUGAAAAAAGAGUCAUUGCCAUCAACCGUUACAUCACCAGCCUCUACUGCAACUCCUUACUCCCAAGAUUCACCAGCAUCAGCAGCUGUAGGAGCACCAUCUGUGUCUACUGGCAGAGGACAUGUUCAUGACAACAUGUCCAUCAAAACCUCCGUCUCCAUGAGGCACCAACACACCCUGCACGUCAGCCUGGGCCGCCAGCACCAACACGCCCUGCAUCUCAGCCUGUGCCACCAGCAUCAACACGCCCUGCAUCUCAGCCUGUGCCACCAGCAUCAACACGCCCUGCAUCUCAGCCUGUGCCACCAGCAUCAACACGCCCUGCAUCUCAGCCUGUGCCACCAGCAUCAACACGCCCUGCAUCUCAGCCUGUGCCGCCAGCAUCAACACGCCCUGGAUUUCCACCCUCACUUCCACUGCCCAGAUAUGACCAAGAAAUGAUUCACUGGAACUGCUCUCAACAGCAAAAGGUAUGGAUGAAGAUGGAGCUGGAAGCCAUGGGACUGUGGCCGGGAAGUCCACCUGUGAGGCACCUUACUAACUCUGUCUCUUUGUGGCGUCUACCACCUCAGCCUGAGCUCAUUGAGACUGCCUGUGGGCUUCCAUCCCCCAAAUAUUUCCAGCUACAUCCAUUCUUCAUCUGGAAACCA